ACCGCCCCCGGGGGCGGGGCCGCGCUCUGGUACCGGCCGCUGCCUGGCGCCGACGCGCAGUGAGGCGGUGGCGGCGGCUCGCGCGGUCCCUGUGCCUAUGGCGGUCCGCGGCGGUGGCGGCGGGGCCGAGCGGCCCUACGAGCUGGUGGUCUUCGGGGCCUCGGGCUUCACCGGCCAGUUCGUGGUGGAGGAGGUGGCGCGGACGGCGGCCGAGGGCGAGCUGCGCGGCCCCCUGCGCUGGGCCGUGGCCGGGCGGAGCCGCGACAAGCUGCAGGCGGUGCUGGAGCGGGCGGCCGAGAGACUGGGGAAGGCGGCGCUCGGCGCGGAGGUCGGCGUGCUGCUGUGCGACGUGGGCGACGCAGACUCGCUGGCCGCCAUGGCGAGGCAGACCCGGCUGGUGCUCAACUGCGUGGGCCCGUAUAGAUUUUUUGGAGAACCUGUAGUAAAAGCUUGUGUUGAAAAUGGUGCAAGCUGCAUUGACAUCAGUGGAGAACCUCAGUUUCUGGAAGGGAUGUACCUGAAAUACAACGAAAAAGCUGCAGAAAAGAGAGUAUAUGUCAUUGGAAGCUGUGGCUUUGACUCUAUACCAGCAGAUAUGGGAGUACUGUACACCAGAGACAAGUUGAAAGGUACCUUAACAGCCGUCGAAAGUUUCUUGACAGUGAAAUCUGGACCUGAGGGAUCUUGUAUACAUGAUGGGACCUGGAAGUCAGUUGUUCAUGGCCUUGCAGAUCAAGACAAUCUGAAGAAGCUUCGAAAACAGAUAGGAUAUACCCCUGUUCCAGUAGUGGGUGCAAAACUUACCAGAAGAGGACUUGUGUUUUACAGUCAGGAAUUCAAACAGUACUCCAUUCCAUUCAUGGGAUCUGAUGUUUCUGUUGUGAAACGGUCUCAGCGUUAUUUGCACACACAGUUGCAGGAAACACCUGUACAGUAUGCUGCUUAUGCAAACGUGGGUGGUUUUGGCUCUGUUGUGAAGCUGAUGUUUGCUGGCAUUUUAUUUCUUCUUCUUGUGAAAUUUAGCUUUGGAAGAAAACUUCUGAUAAAAUACCCAGAAUUUUUCUCUGCUGGACGCUUCACAAAGAAAGGACCAACCCAGAAACAGAUGGAUGAAACCUCCUUUUCAAUGACCUUUUUUGGUGAGGGAUACAGUGAAGGGCAAGAUCCCCAGAAGGGCAAACCAAAUGUAAAGAUCUGUACCCAAGUGAAAGGGCCAGAGCCUGGCUAUAUUGCUACACCAAUUGCAAUGGUUCAAGCAGGUGUGGCUCUGCUGGAAGAUGCAGCUUGUCUGCCUGCACAAGGUGGUGUAUAUUCUCCAGGAGCUGCCUUCUCUAAAACAAAACUGAUUGAUCGUCUCAACAAACAUGGUAUGGAGUUCUCAGUUAUUACCAAGCCUGAAGUCUGAAGUCAAGCCCUAACUGCAUAAACUAACAUCUGGGUCUCAUUCCAAAAACCUCACUUGGAUGUUAAUGCCUAAUCAUAAAAUAAUGAGUUUAACUGUGCUGUUUUUUACAGCAAAAACAGAAGAAACAUUGAGUUAAUAGUAGUUGCUAUAGUGAGUUAACCUGUAAAGGGUACUGAGUUUUAAUUCAUGAACAUGUAAGUCAGUGAUUGAUCAAGUGUUAGUUCCAGAAUUUUGUUUAAUCUCCUUCAACUUAAGUUGCAGAACAGCAGCAUAAAUUUAAAAUUACUAAUGCAACCACUAUAGAAUCUACUUGACAAUUAACCACAGCCUUCUUCCCCCACCCCCAACUAUUUAAAGCAGGCAGGCCCUGGAUAACAAGUGCCUUAGCAGUUACUCUUCACACCUGUUUGGGAUAGGCACUGUUACUUAGUGUGGUGGUCUUAUUUUUAAAGCUUUAGCAUCCAUAGUGAAACAAAAGCAUAGUUUUAGUUUCUAGGAGUUUAAGGAGUCAUUUUUUUUCCAGGGUAUUUUAAAGAUCAGCUGACUAUACUGCUGUCUCAUUGUUUGUUGACUUUCAGCCUUACUAACUUUCCUUGAGUGAGCUGUACUAAAAAGAGAAAACAAAGAGGGUGGGGCUUGUCAGUAUGACCUUGUUGUAAUACAGAGCUAACUGAAGACCCAGUGCAGUUUCAUCCUGUCAAGGGAACAAAUCAUUCUAGUAGAGUAUAUUCAGUGUGCAAAGCAGCAUCAGGAAAACACAGUUGCAGUGUAACUAUUUCCAGUAGCAGACUUGACAAGGUAGUAACUGUAAGAAGUUAAUCUGGUGUUCUGAACUGUGCUGAAAGAAGCUCCGCAUUUGUUUGUAAAUACUAAAUUACCUCUUGUAAGUCUGUACCUGGCCAUUUGUAAUGUGGUUGAACAAUAACUUGCCUAGCAAAAAAAACUUUGUACACACAUGUACACGUAUUAUCAGAACAGUUCUGGUAACUUGCCCUUGCAGCUUGCUAAGAUCAGAGCACUGUUACAGACUAGGCAUUUCAGAAAUGCUAUAAAUUCAUUUUUAAUCUUAGCCCAAAUCAGAUGUAAGUAGUACUUUUUUUUAAAGGACUGAUGAAUGAUAAAUAAACAUGCUGAGGGAAUGGGUAAAAUAUUUGCUUUGGCUAUGAUGUAUAUACUGUGCUCAUUACAGAAUUUAAUGACAAGCUUAAAACCCACUUGUACUCAGAUGUGUUCUUAGAAGUGGCUCCUCAAGAUUUGCUAUAUGCUGUGUAUUCCCGCUUCUUCUUAACUAUAGCAGCAACAUCACUUUUAAGCUUGCAAAUGGUAGACUCAAGUUGUUUCCCAAAAUCGUUUAUCAGCUGUGACUGUCUCUCUGUAAAAAGACGUAGUAUCUGCAGAUUAUCUUCCUGCUAAAACAUAAUAAAAGGAAUGAGUUGGGAUCAA